AUGUCGCCCACCAACAGCUCCGUCACGAUUGACCACCACUUCAACCACAACCACGACCACGACCACGAUGACGACGAGGCCACAGGUGCUCGCUUUGAGCGUCUAGCGCCCCAGUACCAAGCGGCGUUCGCCCGUUUCCUGCGGCGCCACUACCACGCUGACCUCCAGCUGCUGCGUCGGCGUCUGCGCCAUGUCUCUGCGCCCUCUGCCGUCAAUAAAGCAGCGGCCGAGUCGAGUCCUCUGGCCUUCAGUCAGCGCGUGUGUGCGCAGCGCCUGCUGGACUUCAACGCGCACUUGGGGACGCUCUUGUUCCGUCAUCCAGAGCAGCUGCUGCCGCUGUUCCACGUGGCGCUGGCCAAGGAGGUUGGCAGCUGCGAGGCUGGCGAGCCGCUGCUGGAGCGUGGAGAGCUCCCGGUGAUUCCCCUCAAGGUCCGACGCCGUCUCAAGGUGCGAGUCGAGCACUUGCCGCCUGUGGCGCCACUGCAGAAAUCGUCCAUCAGUGCCAUUCGGUCGAACGACGUGAAGCAGCUGGUCCAGAUUGCAGGCACGGUGGUGAGGACGGGAGUGAUGAAGAUGCAGGAGGUGGAAAGAGAGUACCAGUGCUGCAACGUGCGGUGCGGACACCGGUUCUUGGUCAAGUCGGACCCGGAACAAGGCAAUGUGAUGGAGAUCCCGAAAGUGUGUCCUUCCGGCAGCACUGGAGACAAGAGCAGUGGCGGCAAAAAACCGUGCAAGUCGACGCAGUUCCUGCCUCUUGGUGGCGCUGAUGGCAGUGUAGUGUCAGAUCACCAGGUGAUAAAAAUCCAAGAGCAGGCGUCGAAGCUAGGCGUUGGCUCCAUUCCAAGGUCAAUGUUGGUUGUGUUGGAGGACGACUUAGUGGACUCUGUAAAGGCUGGCGAUCAGGUGGUUGUUGUGGGCAUUCUCAUGCGCACGUGGAAACCGUGUGUGAGAGGAGUGCGUUGUGACCUGGAGACGACGAUCAAGGCAAACAGCAUCCGCAUCAAAAAUGCAUCAACGUCUCAAGUUCUCGUCACAGAAGAGCUGAGGGCAGAGUUUGCGCAGUUUUGGGCAAAGCACAAGCAGGAUCCAAUGCGAGGACGCAACGAGAUCAUUGCUAGCAUUUGUCCCAAGGUCUACGGCUUAUUUGUCGUGAAACUAGCGGUGGCGCUCACCGUGACUGGAGGUGUCUCUUACGUGGAUGAGUCAGGCAUGAAGACGCGGGGCGAAUCACAUAUGCUGUUAGUUGGCGAUCCUGGCACCGGGAAAUCGCAGUUCCUUCGUUUUACCGCUGAGCUGAGUCCCCGCUCUGUGCUCACGACAGGCAUCGGCACGACAAGCGCUGGUCUGACCUGUACAGCCGUGAAGGAUGGCGGUGAGUGGAUGCUGGAGGCUGGUGCGUUGGUGCUGGCAGAUCGUGGCGUGUGCUGCAUCGACGAGUUCAGUAGUAUCCGUAGUAACGAUCGCACGUCCAUUCAUGAAGCCAUGGAGCAGCAGACACUGAGCGUGGCCAAGGCUGGUCUAGUGUGCAAGCUCAACGCACGAACUACAAUAUUCGCCGUGACGAACCCAAAAGGCCGGUAUGACCCGACAAGGGACGUGUCUGUGAACACCAGUCUCGCCAGCCCGUUACUCAGUCGCUUUGAUCUGAUCCUCGUACUGCUGGAUCGAAUGAACUCGCGUUGGGACCAAGUGAUCUCCUCCUUUAUCCUCAAACAGGCAGUUGGGACCAGCACGAGUAUGAAAGAAGAAGCCGAGCGCAACGAGAACGAGUCAGCAUUUGAUAAUGCGGUGGAGCAAACAGCACCAUGCCUGUCAGCCUCAGCAGCAGAUUCGUCAGUGUGGAGUAUCCAAACACUUCAGGCGUAUAUAUGUCACGUCAAGGACAGGUACCAGCCUCAACUGAGUCGUUCUGCGAUGACGAUACUGCAGCGCUAUUAUCAACGACAGCGCGCAUCUGAUAGCCGCAGUGCCGCUCGUACAACGAUCCGACUUCUGGAGAGCCUUACAAGACUGGCACAGGCCCAUGCACGACUGAUGUGUCACUCGGAAGUAGCUGUGACGGACGCAGUAGUUGCUGUCUUUGUCAUGGAAGUGAGCAAGUCCACGGACAAUUGCUCGGAUAUGCUGGAAGGAGGUGUAGAGUCGGUCUUGCACUCUGACUUUUCGGAUGAUCCACAAGGAGAGUACAUGCUCCAAGAGAAACUCGUUCUUGACUACCUCGGACUGCAUGAAUUCAGCACGGCACACGGUAGCCAAUUUGGACCAACUGCGUCCCAGCCACCAGCCUUUGCGAAGCAGUCUUCGAGGCCGCAAAUGUCUCAUCCCGACACCAGCUACUCUCUGUUUGGUAACGAACUUGAACUGAAUGCCGUCAGCAAUGAAGUAGAUGCAGACUGUCUGAAUCUUGCUGGGGCAGAAGAGCGACAAGUACCCGCAGGAAAGAGGUUAUUGCCAGGAAGGCCACAGCAAAUCGAGAAUACUCACAUUCAGCGCAAACAGCGAUGCAAGAGUCCUGGUUCUCGUUACGUUCCAUGGAGUCAACGACGAGAACAACCCCUUUCUUCAACGUCAACGUCCCAGCGCCAAGACGAUGAUGAUGAUAAUCUGGAUAUCAUGGACGAUUAUCGCCAGGGUCUGCAAAGCCAACACGCAGAAGAGCAGUCCGAUACGCCUUCGCAGUCACGCUUUGAUUUCGGUCGUUGGAGUCAGCAAGCGCAGGCAAGUCAAUCGAUCAUCAACAAGUGGAAAAAGUGA